UUUGAUACAUAAAUAUGUAACUACACAUACAUUGCUUUAUGCACAUAAAGGUUAUACAAGUAAUAGGAGCUUAAAUAAUAAAAUUUAAUCUCACAACAAAUUUAAUAAGAAUAUAUAAAACAUUACAUCUUACACAGGCAAGGUCAUUUUUGGCAUACAAUCUACAUACAUAAUUUCAUAAAACGGUAACCAGUCCUACAAAGUAAACAGGUUACUUAUCAUACAUACUAUAUAACAUAUUAACGGUAAUUUUCGCAAUGUCUGAUUAAUACAUUGCACUUAAUGCUUGACCAGGUAUUGUGUUAAUGAACCAACAUUAGACUAUUAAGACAACUACAGUACAUCUGAAUAUUUAACUCAUAAGCUCAAGCAAAUACUUUUGUACUUUUAAUUAUAAAACAUAUGGUUAAAGCAGGUAUCACACAACUAGAUAAGUCUAUACGAUGUCAAUUCUACGCACUGAUAUUUUUAAGUAUAUCAUUUUAAUGUACAUUGCAUCUAUACAUAAAUAUAACCAAUAAACAUCAAUCAAAAACAUUUCGUUUUAAUAAGCACUCUCAAUACAAACCUUAUUAGUAUCCUUGAAGUUUCCUCAACUGGUGGCCAUUGAAUUUGUAUUGCUAAUCUCUAAAAAAUUAUUUACAUAUCUAUCAGAGAUAAAUCCCUAGUACGUAUGUUUGUGUUCACACUUAUGGAAAUUGCUGGAAGUCGUGAACCGGAUCUGACUGUCAUUUGCCCAUAUACACAUUUAAAUAAUUUCAUGCAAUAAUACUUUCUUCAUUGUGUAAAUAUAUUUAUGUGCUUUUCUAACAGAGUUAUACAAACACUUUUUUAUCAAUGAAAAAUUUAAUAUAUUAAACAAUUUCUUAACCGCAAUUCACUAUUUGCCAAAUAUAUGCUUGGCUACAUUUAACAGAGCAUCUGUGUGCGUUCCUCUGUAAUUUAGCGGGAUAAAGUAAUACACAUAAAAGAACAAUGUGGUGUUGCCCAUCAAACAUUAUUAUUUUAAUUAUACAAUAAUUAAAAAACUAAAUGAACUGUUGCAACUAUUUUAAAGAUUUUGAAUUAAAGAUAUUAAAAAAAAUAUUUGAGAUUUCAAGAAAUACAAAUUUUUAUUCCAAAUUUGCAGUUAUUUGCACUGUAUUCAUUUAUAUGGCAAGCCUGCUUGGAAGUGACAGAUACGAGCAAUGAAAUUAUAUCCGCUUAUAUCCUACUCUAGUAGCAAAAAAUCAUUUCUUAAUUAAUACAUUUAUCAAUUUGUAAGAAUAUAAAGUUAAACAAAUAGUAAUAAAGAGUAGUGUAAAACUCAAUUUACUUUCAUUAUUAUUAAACACAUGUCAUUUUUCGGUAAAUACUAUGGCGCAAACUCCACUUGACCUUUAUACGGAAGCACAUAAAUUACGUACACUGAUUUUAAAUGCCCGGAAACCGUUUAUACUUCGCAAUUUUAAAAUGAAUUGGAAGUGUUUUGAACAAUCGUUGGAGGAAUGGUGUGCAAAUUACGAUAGAGAAGUGAAUUCAUUGACGGAAUUCGAGGUAAUGCCUUGUAAUCAGGGCAACAAUACGCCACACUGGGAACGCUGCAGAGAAUCUAUACAAAUGAGCUUGUCACAAUUUUUAGAGAAGCAAAAGACUUCGACUGAUAAAUUUUGGAUUGGUUUGAAUUAUCAAAGAAUGAAGAAUUUGCCAAAUGCGCUUAAGCAGGGUAUUGACUUUUCUAGGUUAGGGUUUAGCAAUACUACAAACGAGUGUAAUUAUUGGUUGUGCUCUACACAAACGAAUACUCCUUGCCACUAUGAUACCUACGGAUGCAAUAUAGUCGGGCAAGUUUAUGGAAGGUAA